AUGUCGAAAGACAGUAGCCAGCAAACGAUUCCGCACGAUGAUCACGAAGUUGGAGCACCUGUGAGUAGCUGGAGAACAGCCAUGGAUUAUGUAGUUACUUGUUGUUGUGAAAACCUGCUGUCAGAGCAACUUCGUAAUUUCUCAAAAUCGAAGAAGGAUCAUAUCACGAUGGCAGUUAGAAGCGCAGUCGACGUAGUGGUUGAAGCAGUAGAGCACGAGAACGCUAGUACAGCGGCGGAAAUUGUGAGACUAAGGAACGAAUUAGCCAUCUUUUGGGCAACGCCACAUAAACAAGCUGAGCAUUCGGACAGCGGUAACCGCCGAAUGGAGGAUGUGAACAACAGAAUGACCAGCUACCUCAUUCGCAGAUGCCAAUGUUUCACGACCAGAGUACAGACGUACGAGAGUACGAGAGGCGAGCGGAUAGUCGAAACUGCUUGA